GCGCGCGCCGCUCUCGUUCCCCCGGGUCUCGGAAGUCGGUGCCAGUGACCGGAGGCGGCGGCGAGCGGGUGUUGGUGUCCUAGGUGAGCUGCUGCGACGGAAAGCAGGAAAAUUCUACAAAAAUGUCUCUCUAUCCAUCUCUUGAAGAUUUGAAGGUGGACAAAGUAAUUCAGGCUCAAACUGCCUUUUCUGCAAACCCUGCCAACCCAGCAAUUUUGUCAGAAGCUUCUGCUCCCAUCUGUCAAGAUGGAAAUCUCUAUCCUAAACUGUAUCCGGAGCUCUCCCAAUACAUGGGCCUGAGUUUAAAUGAUGAAGAAAUACGUGCAAAUAUGGCCAUGGUCCCUGGAGCAUCAGUUCAGGGGCAGUUGGUAGCAAGACCUUCCAGUAUGAAUUAUAUGGUGGCUCCUGUAACGGGUAAUGAUGUUGGAAUUCGUAGAGCAGAAAUUAAGCAAGGGAUUCGUGAAGUCAUUUUGUGUAAGGAUCAAGAUGGAAAAAUUGGGCUUAGGCUUAAAUCAAUAGAUAAUGGUAUAUUUGUUCAGCUAGUCCAGGCUAAUUCUCCAGCCUCAUUAGUUGGUCUGAGAUUUGGGGACCAGGUGCUGCAGAUCAAUGGUGAAAACUGUGCAGGCUGGAGCUCUGAUAAAGCACACAAGGUGCUCAAACAGGCUUUUGGAGAGAAGAUUACUAUGACCAUUCGUGAUAGGCCCUUUGAACGCACAAUUACCAUGCACAAGGAUAGUACUGGACAUGUUGGUUUUAUCUUUAAAAAUGGAAAAAUAACAUCCAUAGUGAAAGAUAGUUCUGCAGCCAGAAAUGGUCUUCUCACUGAACAUAACAUCUGUGAAAUCAAUGGGCAGAAUGUCAUUGGCUUGAAGGACUCUCAAAUUGCAGACAUCCUGUCAACAUCAGGAACUGUGGUUACCAUCACAAUCAUGCCUGCUUUUAUCUUUGAGCACAUUAUUAAACGGAUGGCGCCAAGCAUCGUGAAAAGCCUGAUGGAUCACACCAUUCCUGAGGUUUAAGUCACAGCACAGUGUAAACACAGCUGAACUUCUCCAGUUUCCUUCUUCGGCAACUUCUGCAUUAUGCACAUGAAGCUUUCCCGGAGCCAGGGAGCAUAUGCUGCAUGAGGACCUUUCUAUACAUCAUGGCUGGGAACCUUACUGUUGCAUCUGAUACUUUCUUCAGAUUUCAAGAUAGUUGUAGCCUUAUCCUGGUUUUACAGAUGUGAAACUUUCAAAAGAUUUAUUGACUUUCCUAGAAUAGUUUCUCUACUGGAAACCUGAUGCUUUUAUAAGCCAUUGUGAUUAGGAUGACUGAUACAAGUUUAGUGUUGUGUGAGAAGCAGUCACUUUUCUUCUAGAUAAUGCAUAGUGCUGUUCAUGUUUCUUUAGUUGUAUGGUGUAUUUACAUUAUUAACAUGUUACCAUAGUAUAUUUAGGAUGAUUGCCUUUGAUAGUUUAAGUUCUCUGUGUGUGUGUGUGUGUAUGUGUGUGUGUCACCAAUUAAGUAACACUGAUUUCAUUCCAUGUAAGCAUUACAGUGUAUGUAGGUUGCAAGAGAUUAUAAUGAUUGUUAUUAAAUUUUAACUACCUUCACUUAAUAAUGCUUGAACUGUCGCCUUAACUGUGUUAAGCAUCUAGAAUAAAAGCCAAAAUAUAAUUAUUGCUGCCUUUCUAAAACCCCAAACGUAGUUGUAUAUUAAACUGAAAUGUACACUAGCCCAUAACAGUUUAAUGGUACUUACUGAGCUAUGGCAUAGCUGCUUAGCUGUAUUUGAGAUUUUCUAGUUAUUGCGUAAUGGAAAUUUCUUUCUUCUAAAAUUUGCCAGUAUCACUUUCUGAAAAACAAAUCGCUAUAUAUUUAAUGUAAAAAAUUCUUAACGCUAAACAGGAUAAACUUUGGACUCCUUUUUUUCAUUUGUGGAUUAAGUAAGAUAAUACUUAAUUUUGGCAUUUGAAUCUUAAUUUUAUGUAACCUAGCUACUUCAGAAUGCUCUUAGAAUGUUUUCCUAAUAAUUUGUUGUCCCCUGACUCCUUCCUGAAAACAAAAUGGCAGUGACACUUAUCCUUUUUUUCUUUUUGAUUUAUAUCUAUCCUGUUUUAAAUAAAUAUGCAAAAAGUUAAA